CGCGGGCGGCGGCGCUGAGGGGGCUGAGUAGGGAGGGAGGGAGUGAGGAGGAGGAGGGCGCCAUGCGGUCCCUGAACAUCACCCCGGAGCAGUUCGCGCAGCUCCUGCGGGACAACAACGUGACGCGGGAGCAGUUCAUCGCCCUCUACGGGCUACAGCCGCUGGUCUACAUCCCAGAGCUGCCGGGGCGCACCAAGGUGGCCUUCGUCCUCAUCUGCGUGCUCAUCUUCGCCCUGGCGCUCUUCGGCAACUGCCUGGUGCUCUACGUGGUGACCCGCAGCAAAGCCAUGAGGACCGUCACCAACAUCUUCAUCUGCUCCCUGGCCCUCAGCGACCUCCUCAUCGCCUUCUUCUGCGUCCCCUUCACCAUGCUGCAGAACAUCUCCUCCAACUGGCUCGGCGGUGCCUUCGCUUGCAAGAUGGUACCGUUUGUUCAAUCCACUGCUAUUGUAACUGAGAUUCUUACAAUGACCUGCAUUGCUGUGGAAAGACAUCAAGGAAUUGUGCAUCCACUAAAAAUGAAGUGGCAGUACACCAAUAAAAGAGCUUUCACGAUGCUUGGCAUAGUCUGGUUGCUGGCACUUAUUGUUGGGUCACCUGUGUGGCACGUGCAACGGCUUGAGGUUAAAUAUGACUUUUUAUAUGAAAAAGUGUAUGUUUGUUGCUUGGAAGAAUGGGCCAGUCCGAUUUAUCAGAAGAUAUAUACGACCUUUAUUCUUGUUAUACUCUUCCUUCUUCCACUGAUGUUGAUGCUUUUUUUGUACACUAAAAUUGGCUAUGAACUGUGGAUUAAGAAACGAGUGGGAGAUGCUUCAGUUCUUCAAACCAUUCAUGGGAGUGAAAUGUCUAAAAUACCAAGGAAGAAGAAGCGAGCAAUUGUAAUGAUGGUCACAGUGGUGUUUCUCUUUGCAGUCUGUUGGGCCCCUUUCCAUGUGAUUCACAUGAUGAUAGAAUACAGUAAUUUUGAAAAGGAGUAUGAUGAUGUGACAGUCAAAAUGAUCUUUGCAAUCGUCCAGAUUAUAGGAUUCUUCAAUUCUAUUUGCAACCCUAUUGUGUAUGCUUUCAUGAAUGAAAACUUCAAGAAAAAUUUUCUGUCUGCCAUCUGCUUCUGCGUUGUCAAAGAAAAUGCAUCACCAGCCAGGCAACUUGGGAAUUCAGGGAUUACUAUGAGGCGGCAAAAGGCAAGUGUUUCCCAAAGAGAUCCCAUUGACUUGGACGAAGCCAGGAGGGACGCAUUCAGUGAUGGCAACAUUGAGGUCAAGUUCUGUGAUCAGCCAGCUUCAAAAAGGAAUUUGAAAAGGCACCUUGCCUUAUUCAGCUCUGAGCUUACUGUGCAUUCUGCAUUAGGAAAUGGACAGUAGCAUCACAAAGGUUUUGAGAAUGGAAAAAGCAUUCUCUUUAUAUGAUAACUUUCAAUAAGCUGUUUAAAAUACUUUUCUACUUUGCAUGCUGAAAUGAGGGGAAAAGUAUUUUGUGGAUUAUUAUAAUGGUGGGAUAAUGUUGAGAAAAUGUAAUAUAUUUUAUAAGGAUGAGGAGUAAAACUUUGGAAAACAA